CGCCGACAACACUGGAAACAGACUACAUUCGAUGACUGCUUGAUGUCGGAUUACAGAGCCAGGGCUUGGUUGUCAACAGUGUGCUUGCGCAGAUGGCGAACACAAGCGAUCCGGGGGAAAGCAACCCCUCGCUUCAGAAUUAUGCCAUCACCGCUUCUGCGGUCAAACUGGCCUUGCUGGGACUCAUCACCUGCGUCAGCCUGCUCGGGAAUAUCGUGCUAUCCCUCCUGGUGCUGAAAGACAGCUCCCUUCACAAGGCUCCGUAUUAUUUCCUCCUCGACCUGUGCGUGGCAGACAUCAUCCGCUCGGCCGUGUGCUUCCCGUUCGUGAUGAUCUCCAUCAGCAACGGCUCCGUGUGGAGCUACAGCAUCAUCAGCUGCAAGAUCGUCGCGUUCAUGGCCGUCUUGUUCUGUUUCCAUAUCGCUUUUCUGCUCUUCUGCGUGAGCGUAACGCGCUACAUGGCCAUCGCGCACCACCGGUUCUACUCUAAACGCAUGACGCUAUGGACAUGCGUCGCGGUCAUAUGUAUGGUAUGGACCCUCUCCGUCGCCAUGGCCUUCCCUCCGGUAUUCGAUGUCGGGACGUAUACAUUUAUUCGCGAAGAAGCGCAGUGUGUAUUCGAGCACCGAUACGUGAAAGCCAACGACACGCUGGGUUUCAUGCUCAUGUUGGCUGUGAUCGUGGGCACGACGCAUGUUGUGUAUGUCAAAAUGCUGUGCUUUGUUUACGACCACCGUAAAAUGAAACCCGCUCAGCUGGUUCCGGCGAUCAGCCAGAACUGGACCUUUCACGGGCCGGGGGCGACGGGCCAGGCGGCCGCCAACUGGAUCGCGGGAUUCGGACGCGGUCCGACGCCGCCGACAUUAGUUGGCAUCAGGCAAGCGGCACACAACGCCAACCGCAGGCUGCUCGUCCUGGAUGAGUUCAAGAUGGAGAAACGGAUAGGGAAGAUGUACUACAUGAUCACACUGGUGUUUCUGCUCUUCUGGGCCCCGUAUAUUGUGUCGUGUUACAUUCGGGUGUUUGUGAAGGGCAACGCGGUUCCUCAGGUGUACCUGACCGCGGCUGUGUGGUUGACGUUCGCCCAGGCGGGGGCGAAUCCCAUCAUAUGUUUAAUAUUCAAUAAGGAGUUAAGAAUGAGAUUCAGAGCCUGUUUUCCGUGCUGCCUGACUACACAAACACCCACGGAGCAAACAUUUUACACGGUUUGACUUCUCAUUGGCUAUGAAGUGGAUCCAAAGAAUAUUUGGAGACCUAAGCCAAAUUUAAAAAGUAUUACUCAUUGCAUUAGUUAAAUAAAUGCCAUUUGUUUUGAUAUUUUAUUAUCUAAUGCAAUGGCAUUUGUGCAUUUGUAAAGGAAUAGUUCAUCCAAAAUGAAAUUCCGCCAUUAUUUUCCUGUUUGAACAAAACCUGUAUGACUUUCUUUCUUCUGUGGAAUACAAAAUGAGAUGUUAGACAGAAUGUUUAGUCUCAGUCACCAUUCACCUUCAUUAAGAGAAAAACAUGCAAUGAAAGUGAAUGGUAACUCCUUUUGUGUUCCAACGUAAAAAAAAAAAAAUAAAAAUCACACAGGCUUAGAACAUCAUGAGGGUGAUUCAGUGACGACAUAUGUUUCAGUUUUGGAUGAGCUAUCCCAUUAAAUGUCCAAAUAAUUUUUGGGGCCACGGCAUGUCAUAUUUCUUUCCUUAAGAGGUGAAAUCACAGACCUGUUCCACCAUUGCAUAUCGGAAGAUGCUUAUCCACAUUUAUGCAAUCCACAUAUUGAUGUAAAUUAUGUAUAACAAUAAUUUAUUUCUAUUUUGGACUAUUCUUUAUAUCUAAUAUGUAAUAUAUUUGCUAUGACCUUGAUAGACUUUUUGUGUCAACAAAAUGUCCAGAGGAUUUAUACUGCUGUAUCACAUGGACUAAAUGUGAAUAAUGUCCCUCCCACAUUCCCUUUACAUUGAUACUGGAAAAUUGUUCUCAGUGGACGUGAGCAAAGUCAGCUUUUAGCUGAUGGAUCAUUGUUGGUGACCAUGAUUUGUAUUUUAAUGCAA